CCAGCGCCGCGCGUCGCUCGAAGGCCGCCAGAGGCGUGCGCAGCCGCCCAGCUCCCGGAAGUGCGCCCGCGCCGGCGCCGCGGCCCGAGGAUCCUUGUGAAGACUUGGUUGUCUCCACCCCAGAAGUACCUAGAAGGAUUUGUGAAGCCAGACGAUGCCCAUUGACCUGGGGCAGGCCUUAAGCCUGCUGCCUUCACUGGCUAAGAAUGAGGCUUCUGCCUUCUCUGGGCCAGAUGCUGCCCCACAAGAGCUUUCCAGCCCUGAGACUGCACGCCAGCUUUUCAGGCAGUUUCCUUAUCAGGUGAUGUCUGGGCCCCAUGAGACCCUGAGACAACUUCGAAAGCUCUGUUUUCAAUGGCUGCGGCCAGAGGUUCACACCAAGGAACAGAUCCUAGAGAUCCUCAUGUUGGAACAGUUUCUGACCAUCCUUCCUGGAGAGAUCCAGAUGUGGGUGCGGAAACAGCAUCCAGGAAGUGGAGAAGAGGCAGUGACCCUCGUGGAGAGCUUAAAGGGCGAUCCUCGGAAACUGUGGGAGUGGAUCAGUAUCCAAGUUCUGGGACAGGAGAUCUUAUCUGAGAAGAAGGGACCCUCAAGCUCCUCCAUGGGUGAAGUGGAGUCACACCUGGAAGAGGCAGCCUUGGAGGUUGGACUUCAGCAUUCUCCGUCAGGGUCUCAGGAGCUGCUGAGCCACAUUGUUAAAGAGGAAUCUGACCCGGAAGCAGAAUUAGCUCUGGCUACAUCCCAGGUUCCUGCCCAACAUGAAGAGAGGGGCAUCAGGGAUGAGGAUGUGGGAGCCACCCUUCUCUCAGUAACUCCUCAGCUUUCCCCAUUUAUCCAGGUCUACAUACCUAUCUGUUUCUUUGUAGCAGGAAUUUCCAACUCGAAACCUAACCUGACUAAUUCAUCAGACUACAGGGAAGAGCUAGCAGGCCUACACCUCCAUGUCAGUGAGAAGAUCCCAAGACUCAGUUGUGUAGGAGAUAGGCAAGAAAAUGACAAAGAGAACCUAAACUUGGAAAAUCACAAGGACCAGGAACCUCUGGAUACUUCUAGUCAGGUCUCAGGUGAGGCUCCUCCUCAGGCAUCCUUGAGAGGCUUCUUCGCUGAGGAUGAGACAGGACACUUUGGAGAAGGUGUGAAUCUCCCCGAGGCUCUGGAAAACCUUCCUGGUGAGGGGGCUGUAGGAAGGCAGUCUCCACAUGAAAGGAAUUCUGGGAAACAGCUGGCACAGUACAUGCCUAAUCCCCCCACUGAAGAACUGUCUGCUGUGUGGAUUGAAGACAAGAGAGAGGCUUCUCAGAAGGGACAGCCACGAGCCCCAAUGGCCCAAAAAUUCCCCACCUGCAGGGAGUGUGGGAAAACCUUCUAUAGGAUUUCACAGCUUGUCUUUCACCAAAGAACUCACACUGGAGAGACAUAUUUUCAGUGCCCCAUCUGCAAAAAAGCCUUUCUGCGGAGUUCAGACUUCGUGAAACAUCAGAGAACUCAUACAGGAGAGAAGCCUUGUAAAUGUGAUUAUUGUGGGAAAGGCUUUAGUGACUUCUCAGGAUUGCGCCACCAUGAGAAAAUCCACACAGGAGAGAAACCCUACAAAUGUCCCAUCUGUGAGAAAAGUUUUAUUCAAAGGUCAAACUUUAAUCGACACCAGAGGGUUCACACAGGAGAGAAACCUUAUAGAUGUUCUCACUGUGGCAAAAGUUUCAGCUGGAGCUCUAGUCUUGACAAACACCAGAGAACCCACUUAGGAAAGAAGCCCUUCCAAUAGCCACUCUCAGCUCUUUUCUAUUCCCUGUCCAUUUAGACAUGCUUGGCUUUACCUCGAUGAUUCAUUCUUAAGAGGACAUUCUGUUUUUCAUGGCAUGGAGAGGGAAGCAUUUGGACAUGGUUUUUAACUUGGAAGCUAGGUCAGCCUCUAGAUUGGAUUUGAUGAUAGCUUAAUUUCAUGCUUCUGUAUCAGAAGAAAGAAUGAUCUUUAUUUAGCCCAUCUUUUCUUUUGGACUCACUGGGGGGCAAAGUCACUGAGAGCUCAGUUUUGGACAUGCCCUCUGGAGAGACUUUGACUGGAGUUCCUGUAGUCAGUGCUCAAAGGAGGAGCCUUAGACUAGCCCUGUACACUUGAGUGCUAGAUAGGUCUGCUGUUCCAGAAGGGGAGGUAGAGAGGCUUCGUGAGCUCAUGUGUAUUUCUUGUAAUACAGGUGAAACACUCACUUCAAGUGUCUCUUGUCUGAAAUAAAGUUAGUCCAGUCAUCCCUUGUCUGUGUUUGCUCCAAGACCAUUUUUUUUUUCAUAGAAGACACUAAAUGGUAGUUGAUUUCCGAAAUUAGCACAUGUAAACCUAUCAAAUCUGUAGUGUAGCCUGACAGUAGUAAGAAAGAACUAACCUGUGCUCAGGUUGUAGGAGGGUAGCCAUUGGCAGCCACAUUUUACCUCAGGUGGGUUUGUCUUUGCUAUCGCUCUCCUGAGCCUAUCUACCAUUUGAUCACAUGCCUCAAGGUUCCCUUCUUUCUCUUGGUAUCACAUUUGGGCUAUCAUUUUUACGGAAGUGUUCUGUGCUUUUUUAUGUUUAUUUAAUCUCAUAUUGCCUGUAGGUGUUAGAAUAAAUGAGUAGUAUUGAUCCAGCUUUUAAUACUACCUAGAGGUUUAUUAACAUAUAUAUCUAACCUGUCCAGUAGUUUUCAAAAGUUAUAUGCCUUAAAAUGCCCUGCUCUCUGAUAGUAAGAGCUCUGUCUUCAGCCUCAUGGUUUCUUGCAUAGUCCUAAUGCAUUUUUCUGGCAAGAGUCACGAAGUGUUAUACUAAUGAGAAGGGCAGAACUAUGUCUCUGAAAACAGACUAAGUAACAGACAGGAGAGCACAAAACAUUGGCAGACAAUGAAAUAUUGAUGGGAGAGGAUGGGCAGUUCAAGCUGGAGUUCUUGGACUCGUGAGGGGAUUUGUUAAUUUUCUUCUAGCAUAGAGAGGAGUAAAGUCCCACUUGAGAUUCAGGAUGUGUGAGGAAGAAAACAGGAAAGUCAUGGAAGAACUGGUAUUAGAGUCUGUGUUCUGCAUAGGAGGACUUGCAGGGUAAUGGCAUUCAGUGUUUUAAAUUGGGUUCUCUGUGUGGCCUGCAGAGCAGCAGCAGGGGCAUUUUGUUAAACUUACUGACUCACAAGUUCCGAAGCAUGGGACUCAGCAAUUUUUCAAUAAGCCUUCCGGGGACCCCUGAUAUUUCUGAUACCUGCUCUCGUUUAAAAGCCCCUGUUCUAAAUAGCAAUUAAUAAUAAUAAUGUAAAAUCUCUGCAAGGAUAUAAGGGAAUAAUUCAGAAAGAAUACUUCUGGGCCUUCCCAGAAUUUUCUUACCACAUCACCACAUAGAACUCUCUGAACCUCAGUACAGCUAUGGACCCUUUUUGGUUUCUGGUAAGCAUUCAUUCUGCAGAGUAAAAUAUGAAAACUUUUAGGUUAAAAAGUGAUAGAGGGGUGCCGGGGAGAUGGCUCAGUGGAAUAAGUGUUUCCCUGGCAAGCGCAAGGGCCUGAGUUCAAUCCCUGGUUCCACAAAAAAGAAAAAAGUGAUAGAGGAAGAAUUUCUCUUUGGGUAUGUCUUAUAUGAUCUCAGAAGAGACAGACACAGGAUACUUGCUCACAGUUGUGUCCUCAGUAAAUAGGUUUAGAUAAAAAUACAUUGAAUGGAUGUGUGAAUUAAUGAAAGGAUCACUUAAUACUAUAUUUUAGCCUCUGUAGGAGGGAUCAUCAAAAUACAACCUAUUACGUGUUUUAGUAAAUGAAGUUUAUUGGAAUAUAGCCAUACUUGUAUAUUAUCCAGGCUGCUUUUGGGCUUCUUUGGCAGAACAAAUGAAUUAAAAGUGACAAUAUGGCCUACAAAGCCCCAAAUAUUUACUCUGGCUCUUUAAAGAAAAUUUGAUGACCUCCUAAUCUAGGGUAGUACUCCCCAAAUUGUAAUGUACAUGAAAUAUAUGUG